AUGGAGCGGACGGGUAUGCUAGUGGUAGCUCUAAUUUUGUUCGCGGGUGUACUGCCCGCGGUGGCAGCUGCAUGCCCACUGAAUAUCACCGGGGAACUGGAUGCGUAUCCAGCGAUGUAUGAGCGAUGCUCAAUUCACAAAUAUCAUUGCUGCGAAGGCAUCGCCGACUUGAUCAAAAUCCUGCAGUACUCCUGGAUGCACAACAAUCGUUCUUUCCUAUUACCCGACAACCGUACAGCCAAAUCCUGCGUCGAUGAAUUCAGCGAGCAGCUCAUAGAUCGCGGGGUCGACUCCGAACUCCUCGCAACUUGUGGGCUGGGGGUCCAUAGCUUCCUAAGCGGUUCUUCCUCCUGCAACAAUAUUACGGAUUUUCACAGCUUCGAGAAGGCGGUCAACGUGUCUGCCCUGCGGCAAGACUGUAAGGCAGGGGGGCCAGGCGAUUUCGAGUGCAGGAACUGCGUGAGGGCGAUGGGCAUGGCGGUCUGUUCCUUGAAUCAAAUCCCCAUCAAGGGGAAGUCCAAGUGCCCCGAAUUCGUGCUAACUUACGUGGGAGGAGGCAUCAACUGCUACGACGCCCUCGGCCCUGACGCCGCUUUUUGUAUUCUUAGCGUCGACAAUUUGUCUGCUGUGGCAACCGCCUUGGGUCCUCCGCCUCGAAGGCAUAACAGAGCGGCUCCCAACGCGGUUAACAAGACGCUUAUCAUGACGCUCGUUCCUUCCCUGGCGGUGCUCAUUCUUGUGUUGGCCACCGUUUUUUGGUACCUCCGAAGGCUGCGCAGCGGGAAGGAAAGCCAACAGAGGAAGCUGAUCCGGAGGUAUGAGAUCCUCAGCGAGAGCACCGGUUUGAUUUUCUUCAACAUGCCGGAGAUAAAAGAAGCCACGGAGAAUUUCUCGGAGUCGAAUCUGAUCGGGGAGGGGGGCUUCGGUAAGGUCUACAGAGGCACUCUGGCAGACGGAAGGCGAUUAGCUGUGAAGAGAUUUAAGGACUUGAAGCAGAGAGCAGAAGAGGAGUUCAGCCACGAGGUCCAGGUCAUUAGUAGCGCUAAGCACCGGAACUUGUUGCCUCUGAAAGGCUACAGCGUGGGGAUCAUCGCCCAAGUGAUAGAGCAGGUUCUGGUCUACGACUUGAUGGAGAACGGAAGCCUAGCGGAAUAUUUCUUUAGCUCCACGAAGCCAUGUCUGACAUGGCCGCAGCGGUUUAAGAUCUUUGUGGGAAUAGCGAGGGGGCUCGCUUACCUGCACGAAGAUGCGAAGCCGGCGAUUCUUCACAGGGACGUGAAGGCGGCGAACGUUCUGCUGGACGAGGAGCUGAGCCCUCUCGUGGCGGAUUUCGGGAUGGCCAAGUUCAAGACGGCAGGCAAGACGCACUACACUACGCGCACCGUUGGUACGAUGGGCUACGUGGCUCCCGAGUACGCGCUCUACGGCUACCUUAACGACAAGAGCGACGUCUUUAGCUUUGGUAUCGUUGUGCUCGAGCUCUUGACGGGUCGUCGGGCUUUCGACUCCAGCACUAAUCGGCUUGAGCACAUCCUCGUUUCUGACUGGGUGGUGGACAUGAGUCAGAAUGGGAAAUCUAGCGAAAUAAUAGACGAGAGGAUUCGGGAUUCCGGUUGCAAGCAGGAUAUGGAGAAGGUGUUGUUGCUGGCGCUGCAGUGCGCCCACCCGAGAGUUGGAUGUAGGCCUUCGAUCGGCGAGGUGCUCCUCAUUCUGGAAGGCAUGGAGAGUCCUUCGCCAAACAUGAUUUGUGCACUGCAGAGCAUGGAGGUGGACCUGGAGUCUUCCUUGAAUAACAGAGGCGACUUUACAUGGCUUAUGUCUUCCGAUACUGCCGAUGGCCUCUUUUUGUCCAAUUCCAGCUCAUCUUCAGGCUCCCGUGAUUUCUCAGUAUGA